AUGGCCUGUGUGGACAGAUGCCGCUGCUGCAUGGACAGUAGGAGGCAGAGCAGCAUCCUCUACAACAUCCUGAAGAGCGAGGAGCAGCAGGCAGGAACCGGGCAGUCGGCCCCGCAGCCUGGCCCGGAAGGGCACGCGGCUCGGUUGGGUUGCUCGUGCGGCUCGCAGAAGCGAGUGGCUCUCAAGAGCCCGCAGGUGGCGUGUAAGGCGGCCUCGGCUGUGCUGGUGAAGACGCUGCGCUUCGUCAAGAACGUGCCCUGCUUUCAGGAGCUGCCCCUGGACGAGCAGCUGGUGCUGGUGCGCAGUUGCUGGGCUCCCCUGUUCGUGCUCGGGCUGGCUCAGGAUCGCGUGCACUUUGAGACGGUGGAGACCGCGGAGCCCAGCAUGCUGCACAGGAUACUGACCAACAAGCGGCAAGAGGAGGAAGAGGAGGAGGAACCGUCCCUCGUGUCCCUCCGCAAGACCCCCACAGCGCUGGAGCAGCAGCAGCAGCAGCCCUGCGGGAGCAGCAGCCCUCAGCUGCCCUUAGUGGGGGAGAUCCAAGCCAUCAAAGGCUUCCUGGCCAAGUGCUGGAGCUUGGAUAUCAGCACCAAGGAGUACGCCUAUCUGAAGGGGACGGUGCUGUUCAAUCCGGAUUUGCCAGGGCUCCACUGCGUACACUAUAUCCAGGGACUGCAGCAAGAAGCACAGCAAGCCCUAAAUGAACACGUCAGAUUGAUUCACAGAGGGGACCAGGCCAGAUUUGCCAAACUGAAUGUAGCUCUGUCCAUGCUCGGAUCUAUCAAUGCCAGUGUUAUUGCUGAACUUUUCUUUAGGCCCAUCAUUGGAACAGUGAAUAUGGAUGACAUGCUGUUGGAGAUGCUUUGUGCAAAGUUAUGAAGUUUUGUGAGAAUACAUAAUUUAAAGUAAUAGAACAAUGCAAC